CAGGAAUAUGGUGUUGGAAUAAAAACCAUGUUUGAAUGGUGGAGCAGACUCGAUGGACAGAAUCAUCUAAUUCUCCUCCUACAUCUUGUGUCGGACCAUAACUGAACGAUGACCCCUUCGUAUCUCAUAUCAGGCAUUGCGAGUUAAAGUUAGACCUGCAGUGAGCGAUUUGUAGGAAGAAAAACCCGAAAUGGAAGGAAACUACAACUGAAAACGAGGGAAAAACAACAAGUGAAGCAGCCCGAAGACUGAGAGCAUCAACUGGACAGAACCGUCCUGACUCAGAGUUUCCAUUGAUUCGGUCAGCAGAAAGUCAGAAGUUAGAUCUGCGCUGAGAGAUUUGUUGCUUCCCACGACUGGAAGCAAAGAAAAACUGAAGACCAGGGAGCAGCAACAUUUGAACGAGACGAAAACUGAGGACACCAGCUGGAGAGAACCAUUCUGACUCAGGGUUUCCUUUCAUUCAGUCAGGAGGAAGUUUGAGCAUCAAAACCGGAUCACACCUGUCCUCAAAAUGGCACAAGGAGCAGGCAUCGGAAGAGUUCCAGUGCAGUCAACAUCGGGAAAGGUCACGGGUCCGAGCACAGCAAUCACUGAGCUCCUGGCAAGCUGGAACGAUUUCCAGCUGCUGCAGCUGACGGACUUCUACCGGGACAGGCUGGAGCAGGCGAUGGAAGGAGGGGUGCACGGAGUGAGCCUGGCGUUAACGGCCGAGAAUCAGUUCAGCGGAGAGGAACAUCGGAAAAUCUCUGAUCUCGCUGAUAAGGGAGAGCGGGCGGACAGUUCUAAACUCCUCCUGAGCCUGGUGAUGGAGAAAGGCUCCCGCGCCCGGAGGGUGAUGUGGGAAACCUUUGUCAAAAUGCGGAUUGGUGUCCCAAAAUUGGACAAAAUACUGAAAGAAAUACAGGAACAUGGCUGUGUUCCGGUCCAUCGACCCGUACCGGAGAUUCCCAGAGAACUGAAAGAUGUACAACAGAAACACAAGGAGACUCUGUGGGAACAAACUAAAACACUGAGAGUGAACACGAUCCUGAUGCGGGAGAAGGUGAAGGUUUUCCAGCUGGUUGAUCGAUACUUUGAGCUCACUGUCAUUUCUACUGUUCGGGAUCGGAGACUGGUGGAACACGAGCUGCUGGCAAGAGGCAGAGAUCACGAGGAGUGGAGAGAGAAACAUCUCGGCAGAGAGCUGGAGAAAAUCCGGACUGAUCAGCUGUUCCAGAGCAGCUUUUCCCGGAGUAAAUCCAAAUCUGGGAGUUCGGCAGCAGUGGCCGGAGUCCCGGGGAUUGGGAAAACAACAAUGGUACAAAAGAUUGUAUAUGACUGGGCCACGGGGAAAAUAUACCAACAGUUCCAGUUUGUCUUCAGUUUCAAAUUCCGAGAGUUAAACUCCAUUAACUGUAGAAUAAGCCUGAGGGAACUGAUUCUGGAUCAGUAUCCUUACUUUGGGAAUAUCCUGAGAGAGGUCUGGAAGAACCCAGAGGGAUUGCUGUUUAUAUUCGAUGGUUUGGACGAAUUCAAACACAGAAUCGAUUUUGCUGACAGUCGGAGAGAUACAGAACCCAAGCACCAGUGCCCAGAUCCCGAGUGGUGGUGUGAAGUGUCUGACAUUGUGUACAGUUUAAUCCAGGGCAAGCUGCUCCCAGGGUGUUCAGUGCUGGUGACCACCCGUCCCACUGCGUUACAUUUAUUGGAAAAGGCAGAGAUCAGUGGCUGGGCUGAAAUCCUGGGAUUGGUUGGUGAGGAAAGGAAAGAAUAUUUCAGCAGGCAUUUUGAAGAUCAGACGGUGGCGGCAGCUGUUUUCAAAUAUGUGAAGGAGAACGAGAUCCUGUACACCAUGAGCUACAACCCCUCCUACUGCUGGAUCCUCGCUCUGGCACUGGGCCCCUUCUUCACACAAAGAGUCAGGGACCCGCAGCGAGUUCCCAAGACCAUCACCCAACUGUACUCCUACUAUAUUUACAACAUCCUGAAAAACCACGGCCGUGAGAUUGAGAACCCCCGUAAUGUGUUACUCAGGGUUGGUCAGAUGGCCUUCAGUGGAGUGUCCGAGAAGAAGAUUGUGUUUACAGAUGAUGAUUUGAUCAACCACAAUCUGCAGCCUUCCCAGUUCCUGUCCGGGUUCCUGAUGGAGCUUUUGGAGAGAGAGGAUUCUGCCCGGUGUGUGGUGUACACAUUCCCACACCUCACCAUCCAAGAGUUUGUAGCUGCAGUCGCACAAUUCCUGAAUCCACAUCCCGGGGAUAUCCUGAUAUUCCUCAAUGAAGCCCACAACACGACAGAUGGACGAUUUGAGGUAUUUCUUCGUUUUGUUGCUGGUCUCUCCUCCCCAAUGACAGCUCGGGGCCUGGAAGAGUUUCUGGGUCCAUUUCCUCAUGAAACAACCUGCCAGGUGAUUGACUGGGUGAAGAAGAAGGUUAAACACCAGAGUUCAAACACAGAGAGUGAAGCUGGUAAAAGGAGCCUCCUGAACACAUUGCACUAUCUGUUUGAGUCUCAGAAUCUUGGACUGGCUCAGGCCGCACUGGAAUCUGUGGAAACACUUUCAUUCAGUGGAAUGACACUGACCCCGAUUGACUGCGCGGUCCUGUCUUAUGUCAUCGGACUCCGUGACACAAUAAAACACCUCGACUUGGAGUACUGCCUUGUUCAGAGUGAAGGAAUCCAGCGGCUGGGACCCGGGCUGCACAAGUGCCAGGAUUUGAGACUUGCGGGGAAUGAACUGGGAGAUUCAGGAGUGAAACUGGUGUCUGUGGCUCUGAGUAACCCGGAGUGUAAAAUACAGAGUCUGGGGUUGGACAAUAUCGAUCUCACAGUUUCUGGUGCCGAGAAUCUUGCCUCUGCUCUCAAAACAAACCGAUCACUGAUGGAUCUGUACAUGGGUCGUAAUAAACUGGGAGAUUCAGGAGUAAAACAGGUGUUUGUGGCUCUGAGGAACCCGGAGUGUAAAAUACAGAAACUGGGGCUGAGAGAUAACAGUCUCACAGAUUCUGGUGUCGAGGAUCUCGUCGCCGCUCUCAGUACAAACCCAUCACUGACGGAGCUGGAUCUGAGUGAAAAUAAACUGGGAGAUUCAGGAGUGAAACUGGUUUCUGCGGCUCUGAGAAACCCAGAGUGUAAAAUACAGAAACUGCUUCUGUACAAUGUCGGUCUCAGGGAUUCUGGCGCCGAGGAUCUUGCCUUCGCUCUCAUUACAAACUCAUCACUGACGGUGCUGGACCUGGGAUUAAACUCUCUCACAGACAGAUCUGUCCCGGCUCUCCGCCGCGUCAUACUGACCCUCCCGAGUCUGGGGCGGAUCGGGCUGCACUGGAAUCGGUUCAGUCCAACAGGAGAGAGGGAACUGAGAUCUCUGCAGGAACCCAGACCAGGACUGAGAGUGGAGUUGUGAAGAUCUGAAUGUGUGAACAGCCCUGCUCGCUGGAUGAGGACAUGUUGGCCGAUUUCCUGCAAAACACGUUUAAUUUCUAACUGUUCUAACAGAUCCUGGCUUCAGCCGAGCUCUCUGUGAUCUCAGAGGUGGUGCCGCAGUGACAUGAUUCCGUGUCCUAUCUAGUUCACACAUUCCUUAAUUUGCAUUUGUCAUGAUGAAAUCAAUAAACUGCUGUAACU